GGGGAAGUUCGACAAGCACCAAGCAUUGUCAGUACUCUUGUGCUCGUGAAGAGUAGGAGGCGAAGAUGUCGGAGCGAAAAGUUUUAAACAAAUACUACCCCCCUGACUUUGACCCAUCGAAGAUUCCCAAGCUCAAGCUGCCCAAAGAUCGGCAAUAUGUAGUGCGGCUGAUGGCCCCCUUCAACAUGAGAUGUAAGACAUGUGGAGAAUACAUCUACAAGGGCAAGAAGUUCAAUGCUCGCAAGGAAACAGUACAGAAUGAGUCCUACCUGGGCCUGCCCAUCUUCCGCUUCUACAUCAAGUGCACGCGCUGCCUGGCAGAGAUCACCUUCAAGACAGACCCUGAAAACACAGACUACACCAUGGAGCAUGGAGCCACGAGGAACUUCCAGGCUGAGAAGCUCCUGGAGGAGGAGGAGAAGAGGGUGCAGAAGGAGCGCGAGGACGAGGAGCUGAACAACCCCAUGAAGGUGCUGGAGAACAGAACUAAGGACUCCAAGCUGGAGAUGGAGGUCCUGGAGAACCUGCAGGAGCUCAAAGACCUGAACCAGCGGCAGGCCCACGUGGACUUCGAGGCCAUGCUGCGGCAGCACCGCCUGUCAGAGGAGGAGCGGCAGAGGCAGGAGCAGGAGGAGGAUGAGCGGGAGACGGCGGCGCUAGUGGAGGAAUCAAGGAAAAGAAGACUCCUUGAAGACUCGGACUCAGAGGAGGACACCACCCCCACCCAGCCCCAGCCAGCCCUCCGGCCCAACCCCACUGCCAUCCUGGACGAGACCCCGAAAGCCAAGAGGAAGGCAGAGAGCUGGGAGCGCAGCGUGGGUGCCCUUGGCAGCAGGCCCCAGCUGUCGGGCCUGGUUGUGAAGAAAACAGGCCUGGACAGCAUCAUCCGUCGACGAAGAGCCCCGCCCCUCCCAGGUGCAAUGAAGAACGGUCAGGCAGCUGGCCCAGUGCCCCAGAUGCCCAGCACGUCCUCCCUGAGCCAGCUGGGUGUGUAUUCUGACAGUGAGGACAGCAGCGGCAGCAACUGAGGCCCCCUGCCCUUCCCUGGUCAAGGUCACAGCCAGCUGCAGCCGUGGUCCGGGCCAGAGGCCUUGGAACCAAGCAGAAUCAUAGCUGGACAACCGGGAACGCCCGCCGAAGCUGGCAGGGCGAGCGAGGACUUCAGCUGAGGGACUCAGUUUUCUUCCUGUCCUCCCGCCCUCUGGAGCUCAGGUCCCCAGGUCACACUGCAACAUCCUGGAGCAGCUUCAAGGUCAUCUCUGUGACAGUCCCUGAGAGGCCAGCCAUGCUUUGGGCACGGGCCGGGCCCACCCAUCACCCUGGCUGGGCUCCAUCCCUUUCCACCACAGAACCAUCUGGAACCAGUGGAAAGAACCUGCUGAUGGCCUGGGCGCCUUCCCUCUGUCAGUGUCUGAGAAGGGGAUGUCAGAAGCACACAGCCUAGGCAGUCCUGGACCCGUGCCUCUCAGAAACCACCAGCUAAUAAAUGCUCAUUAUUUCAUAGGCUCAGUUUGGGGCUCAUUUGUAGAAAGGUGAUAGUCAGGAGACCAGCGAGUCUGACUGCAAACCUCCUGUUCUUUCAAGGUUGCCGGAUUCUACCUCACGUAAUCCCCUCUGACUGCAGUGUUUUCUAGUUGAAGGUCCUGUGCCCCCACCAGACGCUUCUGCAGGCUGUGCGUACAGUGUGUGCUCUGCCACUUCAGUCGUGUCCCACUCUUUGUGACUAUGGACUGUAGCCCGCCAGGCUCCUCUGUCCAUGGGAUUCUCCAGGCAAGAAUACUGGAGUAGGUUGCCAUGCCCUCUUCCAGGGGAUCUUCCUGACUCAGGGAUCGAACCUUAGUCUCCUGUGGCUCCUGAGUUGCAGGCGGACUAGAACCACCUGGGAAGCCCACUCACAAUCUAAUGAACCUCCAUCUCCUCUCUCCCGCCCUUCCUGGGGUCACUGACAUCAGCCCUUCUCUCACACACACACAUACAUACAGGCUUUCAUUCAGCAUUUGAAUAAAGAGGCUUUGUGGUUUGCAAUGUCAGAGUUUGUGGGGUGAGACACACACCCCCGCCCCCCCCGCCCCGCCGCUGCCACAUUGGGGAUCUGCUUUCCUACAACAAUUUCCCUGCUUAGGGAUUGUACAGAGAGGUGAACCAGGGUCCUGC